UGGGUGUCACCCGAUACGACAAGUAGACUUUAGUAAAAGUGAGAGUGCGAAGCAGAACGCAUAGCCUAAAGAAUAUCAACUAAAAGAACGUAAGCAACGAACAUCCAACUUCAAAUGAGAGAAAGUGAAAAUAAAAUAUUGUGACAUCUGAGAAUCUUCUUGGAUUAACACAAACAAGUUUAUACCACGAUCACGUCUCAAUGCAUUGGAUUCUGUGACCGUUUCAGACCGGAAUAGAGAUAGUGACAUGAGAGCAAUGGAGAAUGGGAAGAACCGCCUGCAGCAGACCCAGGAGGAGGUAGAAGAGGUGAAGGUCAUCAUGCUUGAAAACCUCAACAAGGCUGAUGAGAGGUCAGGCAGACUGGGAGAACUGGAGAACAGGGCCGAUCAACUUCUAGAAAAGAGCAAGGCUUUCUCAAAGUCUGCUGGAAAAGUGAAACAACAGCGGUGCUGGGAACACAUGAAGAUCAAAGUGUUGCUGGUGGUUGUCGGGGUCGUCGUCAUUGCAGCCAUCUUCAUUGGGAUUAUUGCCAGUGUAGCACAUGGAUCUGGCAACUCAAGCUCAGGCAGUCAAACUUCAAAUUCAACUGGCCUCAAUAAACCUCAAUAAACUGUCCCCGUCAUCAACACAAAGGACAUUAGGAAAUAAAAAUUAAUGACUGAGAUUAUUUCCUCCCAGGAAAUAAGGAGUAAAUCUGAGGUGAAUAGAUGAAACUACAGGUUUUAGAGUCUGGUUCAAAAGUUCUGUUUUGCAAUCUGUGAUACUUUAGGGUCUUUGCUCCAGUGACACAGGGCUUAUUUACAUUAGGAUGCCCUUUCCUGAGACAUAUCAAAGAAGUCUUGAGACGCUACAUUAUGUUAUUGUAACAUUUAAAUAUUGAUAGCUCAAGACACCACCAAGGUAGCGUGUGCCAAAUUUUUGAUCGAUCCCUCCAGAGGUUUGUAAGUGUGAAGACAAUUGUGUCGGAACUGUAUCGUGUUUCUGUGCUGUGCGCACACAUAUUGUUCAGUUUUCCCGCGUUUUGCCCAAAACCUGCAUAGUACAUCUCGAACAUGCCAGUGUAAAUUCAAACGCUAUGGAAAUUAUUAUGCAAUCUAAGAUAAGUCUAUCUAGUAUUAUAUUAUUUCUCUGGUAAUGUAAACAAGCCCUCAAUAGGUAAGGUUCAUUGUGUUACCUUUUGAAAGUUUAAUUUCUGUUAUGACCCCCCCCCCCCCCCCCCCCCCCCCAAAAAGGCAUUUAAACAAUUAUUUAUAUUUUUUGCAAGACAAAAACAAUAGCUAGAACUGAAUGAAAUCUUCAUGAAAGACAUAAGGGUAUGCAUAGUUGAUCUCUGCCUUCCUUCUCUGAAAUGGAUUGAAAUUGUUAGCCUAAGUGCGUGCUCCAAGCCACAUUCAUCUCAUUGGACAGUGUAAGCAAAUGGACCAACUUCUUUUCCUGUGAUGCAAACUCAAACAAUUUCCUUAAAAAUGUUAUAGGGAAAGCAGUGCUUCUUUCGGUGUUUACAUAGUUUGGCGCUGAAACCUCCUGUCGAGUAUCAAGUAAUGAUAAUGAAGUUAGCUAGCUAGAACAAUAAGUAACCUAACAAAAUGACGUUAUGCAUCUUUAAAAUUGUCCAGUGCAUUAAUCGAUAAUUUUUGCACUGCAUAUAGGCCAAUGCAUUUUCCCUUCUAUUUAGUACUGUUGAAUGAAAAUGUUGUAUGUAAAACUUAGCCAAAGACCCUCCACAUUGUUUAAGUGGAGGGUCAAUGCAUGUUGGCGCUAUGGAGUUCAAGUCGUUUUCAGUCUGUACCCCCUUGAUUUGCAUCUCUCCCUCUUCACCUCCUUCCUAUUCAGAAUAUCUCUUUCUCUAGAAAUUGUUUAACAAUAUACUGUUACCAUCAUGCCCUUUUAAAUGUAAUUUUAACAA